GGGGUGCUUGAAGUCUAGAGAGACGGAGGGGGAAGGAAAGGGAAAAGAAUAGCGGGUGUUGGGCUUCUGUACUUUCUGCAUCAAGGUCCGCUCCGGGUGAACUGGAAGCGAGGUAGCGGAACGGCUGCGGACUCUGGCGCUGGUAGCGCGGCUGGACGCAGUGUCGGUGCAGAGGAAACCCGUGGCCACUGAAAGACACAACUGACAUUUUAGGCUGUCACUGGAAAGCAGCAUGCCAGCGAUCUGUCACACCGACCGCAGAGUGUGAAGAGGGGAGACAGAGGCCAUGGACAUGCCCGAGGAUGAGUCGCUGUUGAAAAACCAGACGGAACAUGGGCCGGAGCCGAGCCAAGGGGCAGCCCGUCCUGCCUGGGCAAUUACGACGCUGGCCAGCGUGCUGAUCUUCACCACCGUUGUCGAUGUCCUGGGAAACCUGCUGGUCAUCGUGUCCGUGCUUAGAAACCGUAAACUACGAAAUGCGGGAAAUGUGUUUGUGGUGAGCCUGGCAUUUGCUGACUUGGUGGUUGCGUUGUACCCCUACCCGCUAGUGUUGUAUGCUAUCUUCCAUGAUGGCUGGUCCCUGGGUGAGACCAACUGCAAGGUGAGUGGCUUCCUGAUGGGUUUGAGCGUCAUCGGCUCCAUCUUCAACAUAACAGGCAUUGCCAUCAACCGUUAUUGUUACAUCUGCCACAGCUUCAGUUAUGACAAGCUCUACAGCUACCGCAACACGCUGCUACUGGUGGCACUCAUUUGGCUGCUUACAGUCAUAGCCAUUAUACCCAAUUUCUUUGUUGGUUCGCUGCAGUAUGACCCACGCAUCUACUCAUGCACAUUUGCACAGACAGUCAGCUCAUCCUACACCAUCACAGUGGUGGUCAUUCAUUUCUUUAUACCGAUCACUGUGGUCACCUUCUGCUACCUUCGUAUCUGGAUCCUGGUCAUUCAGGUGAGGCGGAAGGUGAAGUCAGAGGUCCGCCCUCGCAUCACGCCUAGUGACCUGAGGAAUUUUAUCACCAUGUUUGUGGUGUUUGUGCUGUUUGCAAUUUGUUGGGCACCACUCAACUUCAUUGGUCUUGCUGUUGCGAUUAACCCUGAAGCAGUGGCACCACACAUCCCAGAGUGGCUCUUUGUAGUCAGCUACUUCAUGGCUUACUUCAACAGUUGCCUUAAUGCAAUUAUCUAUGGCCUGCUGAACCAGAACUUUCGAAGAGAGUACAAACGGAUCAUUAUGUCUGUAUGGAUGCCACACCUCUUGUUCCAGGAGACAUCACGGGGAGGUACUGAGGGGGUGAAGAGUAAACCCUCCCCGGGACUAAAUAACAAUGAGCAAGUGAAAGGAGAAACUCUGUGAGACUGUUUUCUUCUUCUUUCAUUUCCUUAUCACCUCUCGUCUGUGUUCACAUGUAUGGUGCAAACAAACAUCUGUGCCAAAGCAAUGAACUAAUAGUGUGGAAAAGUAAGACUGAAAUAAUAAUGGUGAAUGAAAUGGCAUAUGGACUACCGUAGCUGUGUUAUCCAGACUUUUAAAGUUAAGGGCUCAUCAGUUUUGGUUUAUAAUGACUUAUUUAAAUAAGACAUGGGCUAUUUUUUCAAUAGUCCAUGGCUAAAACAGAUUUUUAGCUAGAUCUUCUGUUGCUCAGUAAGUAACCAUAGUUGAUGAAUGUGAGAACAAGUUUCAAUGAAUAAAGUAAGAUAAAAAUGGAGAAU